AUGCCUUCUGUUCAAUUGUUAAGAGCAUUUGUCAGUGAGAGACUGACUGUCGCGGUUGAGGAGAUUAUGAUGAUAUUUGAAAAGACAAUAUCCGAAUAUGAGGACGAGCUCAAGCACCAUCGCAGACUGCUAGAAGCUGGUCAAAUGCCGAGAACAACGGUCGAUGACCAUCGAACAGAUACGUCUCGGUGCAUCCAGCCAGUCGUAAUCAGCAUGAAGAUCCCGCUUGUGCAUCAAGAGAGGAGCCAAAGCCUGGAUCAAGAGGCCCCAACUCCCUCACAUUUUAAACAGGAAGUGGAAGAAGUCUGGACGAGUCCCGUAUUAAAGGAUUGUCAAAAAUCUGAAGAUCUGAAUUUGGAAAAUGAAUAUGCUGAAGAGAAACCUAUUUCCUUUAUAAAACAGCAAAGAGAAAGUGUUGAGCAUAGACAGGCAAAUUCCAGUUCAUGUGAGCCACUAGCAAGUGAAUUCAAUGACAAUGUUGGAGGUUUGAAUGUAUCAAAUGUUGCAAACGUAACUAACAAUAGUCAACCGGCGCUUCUUAAGUUGGUCAACUUCAAUAACAGGAAGCAGACCACUGAUAAUCAGCCAUUUUCGGAUUCGUGGAAGUACAAUGAUCCAGAACCUCAUCUUAGCGCUCAUAAUCAGAGAAAAUGCUUCAAGUGCUCAGAGUGUGGCAAAAUAUUCAAAUACAGCCAUAAUUUGCAGAGACACAAGUCAUGUCACACAGGAGAGAAACCAUUUGGCUGUAUUGAGUGUGGCAGAAAAUUUAAUCAAAAAGCAAGUUUGAACAGACACAAAAGAAUACACACAGGAGAGAAGCCUUUUUGCUGUAUGUUUUGUGGUAAAAACUUCACUCGAAGGGGAUCAUUAACUUCACACAUGAGAUUUCAUACAGGGGAGAAGCCUUUUAGCUGCUCUGUAUGCAAGAAAAGUUAUAACAAUAGAGAGGUACUUGUAAAGCACAUGACAACGCAUGAGAAUUGCAUGUGA